CCAUAUGGGGGCCAGAGCGUGGGGCCAGAGCGACCAUGCCACUGGGAGGUUGAAAUGUGCACGUCGCUGUACGUCGCUGGCACACUUCUAUCAUUCUCUGCCGGUGUGUAUGCGCCGGCAAGGCUGGCGUUAUCAGGCGCUACGCAAAACCACCUGGACAGCAGGCGGUAUCUCUAGGUAACAGCAGCCAGGGCCGACAGCCUGCACGCGCUCUGCUGGAGGAUGAGCAGAUCCAGCCGCGCCCGUCCGCGCCAUACGCUGAUGCAUGCGAUGAUAUACGUAAGAUAAGCGAGCUAGGAAGUAGCCGGACACUCGUUUCCGAAUCGGAAAAGAGGGCAGGCGCGUAACAAGCUCAAGCCCGCCUAGGCGUCUCCCCUUGCUAAACGGCACCGGUGCGAGAAGCCCAGGAGACACGGAUAGGGAGCCCGAGCUUGAGAAGCUCCUGGCUCGAAAUUAACAACUUUCAAGUAUACAUUAUUACGAUGGCAGCUCGUGCUCGUGAUGCUGGCUUGCUGCCCAAGCGUGUGAAAUGACCGGACGCCUUCCGGAUCCAAGCCGCGGUACGACUUCUGCAGUCGUUUAAUAGCGGACGCGCGUGCAGGUGCUGGUCAGCCUUCAAUAUACUCAAUACACAUUGUGAGGGCAAACUGAAACGAGGACUGGUGAGUGCUCAGCGAUAUACAUCCGUCAAGCCGUCGCUCGGCAUUCCUACCUCGCUCACCCGCGAGUUCAGCCCGCCGAGUACCCUUGUGGCGCGCCGUCGUCAGUACUCCCAACUUCCGCAUUGAACCAGGGACGCAACGCCGUGCGAAUGCUCUCUUCGCGACGUGUUAAUGGUGUGCUACGUGAAUACAAUGAGGACUUCGCUGUGGGGCCACGCCCAGAGCGGUAAAAUGGUGUUUCAAUUCCUCACUGCCGCCGUGGUCAUGGUGUUGGCAACACCUGCCGCUGCUUGGCACGGCUCAAGCUCCCGCUACACCGCCUAUCCAGGCUACAUCAUCAACACGCCCGCCAUUGCCUGCUGGACUGGCUGGUUCACCUACACCACCAACCUGACAGCCUGCCUGACGCCUGUGGAAGCGAACGGCAUCAACAACAAAGCGGAUGGCCUUGCCUCAAUUUGCACCAACUACGUCCCAGGCUGCCUAUCGUUCCACCUGGACACCGGCAUGUUCUAUGCCUCCAACGACAUCGCACUGCUCCAGGCGUCGCCCGCCGACAAUGUCUACUUGAAGUCCCUCAGCCCACCCAGCCCCAUGCCUCCUAAACCAUCCUCACCGCCAUCGCCCACACCACCGUCGCCCAUGCCACCCAGCCCCGCACCGCCAAGCCCUGCACCUCCCAGCCCACUGCCGCCUUCACCGGUGCCGCCCAGCCCCGCACCGCCUAGCCCCGCACCGCCUAGCCCCGCACCGCCCAGCCCCGCACCGCCAAGCCCCCGGCCUCCUUCACCGGUGCCUCCAAGCCCCGCACCGCCUAGCCCCCUGCCGCCUUCACCGGCGCCGCCCAGCCCCGCACCGCCCAGCCCCGAGCCACCUUCACCAGCGCCGCCCAGCCCCGAGCCGCCCAGCCCAGAGCCGCCUUCACCAGCGCCGCCCAGCCCUGAGCCGCCCAGCCCAGAGCCGCCCAGCCCUGCGCCACCCAGCCCUGCGCCGCCCAGCCCCGUGCCACCCAGCCCUGCACCCCCUUCCCCCGUGCCGCCAAGCCCGCCGCCCCCUUCGCCUUCUCCCCCGACUCCCAUCAUUACGAACGGUCAAGGCACUGGCCAGCAGCAGAUCUCAAGCGGUGGUGCUACGCCCGGGCCUGUGAGCGGCGCCGCUACCCUGACAACGAGCGCUGGCAAUGAUGACGUGGUGAUUCCCAUUCUAGCAGUGUUGGUCCCGUGUGUGGUUUUGAGCAUGAUUGGCGUCUUCACUUGGUGGAUGCUGCGGCAGCGGCGGUUGAAGGCGGCGGCCACGGGCGUUACGUCGGGUGCUGCCGCGCCCCAGCCGCAACAAGGGGAGGGCCGCGUGUAGGUGUGGUGUGCUCGGCUUGCGAAGUCCCAACUAAAAGCGCCAUUAGUACAUCAAUGGUUGAUGCCAGUGCGUCUUGUCAAACGCACGAGUACUAGUAUUCAUGUUAACGCGUUGUGGAUCCGUGCGGCCACCUUCUAGGUAAUAAUGCGUUGAUGAAUUGCUCCCCUGGCUGCCGGCGUGUGUGGCCGUUGCCUCCGCCCGUCCUUUCUUCAUUGCAGUGAUUGAGAGUAUUAAGUUGCUCAUUCAUGGUCUGCGCACUCGCGUACUCAUGCAUUCACAACUGUACUAUGUUGUCACACCGCCACCACUGCUUUCCUGUACCAUUGAUAGUUGGUGCUUGUAGAGUUCAGUCUAGGAAGAGCGGUGACUGUGUUCCGUACGUGAGCUUCGGGGAGGACGGGAGACGUGGAGCCGUCUUUGGACACCUCCAGUCCAUUGAGGCGCUUCUGGGUUCGCUUUUGCCAUCAGUCAGGAAGACACAUCCGUCGCCUUGAUUGCACAGACAGGUACUUACUAUUACUCUUUACCACAGGAAUGAUUUACAUCCACUUUAUUUGUAAGCUGUGAUAAGCUGUUGGAUGGCGCACAAUGAUGUGUUGUGCUCACCGUCCCCACGGCCAGCGCUGCGGCGCGGUACCAUGUAACAUGCAUGCUGU